GUACGAGCUUUCAUCUGCGAGUAGACGAACUUCAGCUCCAAGCCUCCAACCCUUGUUCUACGGAAUCUCCAAGUGAAGAUCGAAAGCUGGUUCGGGGACCAGUGACCAGUCCAGCACCGCCUAGGCGGCAGAGUACUCACCAGUCACCAGCGUCGCGAUGCCCGCCAUCUCUCUCUUCCUUGCUCUACGUCUUCGACGUAAUUUCAGAAUCACAGGCGGCUGCUGCCAGUUCCUCCAUCCUCCUUUGGCGGCCGAGAAACUGAUAUUUGGGCGAUUUCUCACUUCAUCAGUUCCGGGAGGCGAGCAAGCCGUUCUCGAUGAAGAAGAUGAGUUCCGCAGUACUGGCCAGGGCAGUAAUGGCGACGACUUGCGCAGCAGGAUUUUGAGGCUGAGAUUACCAAAGCGAAGCGCCACCAAUGUCAUUGAGAACUGGGUCAGGGAGGGGAAUCCGGUAAUGUCCUCUGAGCUACGAGCAAUCUCCAGAGAGCUCCGCAAGUCUCAGCGAUAUAAGCACGCGCUCGAGUUAUCAGAGUGGAUGGUUUCACAAGAACGGUUUGAGUUGCUAGACUCUGAUUAUGCGACCCGGAUUGAUUUGAUGACCAAAGUCUUUGGAAUUGAUGCUGCUGAACGCUACUUUGAGAGUUUACCACUGGCAGUAAAAACUGCAGAGACUUAUACUGCGCUUCUUCACUCUUAUUCUGCAGUGAAAAUGAUUGACAAGGCUGAAGAACUUUAUGAUAGAAUGAAGGAAUCAAACUUGUCUUUUUCAGCUGUGACAUACAAUGAGAUUAUGACUUUAUAUAUGUCCGUUGGGAAGCAGGAGAAAGUUGGCUCAGUGGUUCAAGAACUCAAAGAUCGGAAGGUUACUCCUGACAUAUUUACUUACAAUCUCUGGAUAAGCUCUUGCGCUGCGAACCUAGAUAUUGAUGAAGCCAGAAGGGUCUUGGAUGAAAUGAGGCGCAGCUCUGGUUGCAAUGAUGACUGGUUAAGAUACAUCAGAAUUGUCGGAUUAUAUUUGACAGCGGGUAAUUUGUUCAAUGCUGAGUCUAGUUGUGCUGUUGUUGAAGCUGACAAAAGCAUUACUCAAAGAGACUGGAUUACAUAUGACUUCCUCGUCAUCCUGUAUGCCAGUUUGCAGAACAAGGAGAUGAUUGAUCAGAUAUGGAAAUCCUUGAGAAUGACUAAGCAGAAAAUGACAAGCAGAAACUAUGUUUGCAUUCUUUCCUCAUAUUUGGUGCUGGGUCAUUUGAAAGAAGUGGGGGAAAUUAUAGAUCAGUGGAAACUCUGUGCUGAUACCGAGUUUGAUGCCUUUGUAUGUGGUAGGCUUUUGAAUGCAUUGUAUGGCAAUGGAUUGACUGAAGUUGCUGAUACCUUCCACAUUCUUUUGAUCGAGAGGAACUGUGAUCCUACUAAUGGAUUGGAAGAGAGAUCGUCGUAAGGCCAAGCAGUUAUGCAGCUGGGUGGGACUUCUUUCGGGUUGCUGAUGGCUAUCGUGAUUUCAACCACAAGUCCUUCCAUGUAGUUUUAUAAAUCAGCUAUCAGGUGCUUACUAACUUGAUCUCCCUAUCAGAUAACAGGUGAAACCUGAAGUUUUGAUGUAAGAAUAAAGUUAGUUUAUUUUGCAAUAUGAACAAAAUCAUUUCAUAUGGUUGGAAGGACGCCGUUUUAUUUAAUGGAAGUAUAUACCCACUGGCUGUUAGCUGUGUUUGUAACUUCGUCUCACUUUGUUUGAGCAAUUGAAAUUCGGUUUACUAAAAGCUUCCUAAAUCCCCACAAGCAUCUUUAAGCAUUCCUUGAUGGACGAGAUCAAGGUGAAUGGCUUCCUCAAGAAGCCAUCCGAGUAGGGAUGAUAAAAGUAUGCGUAACCG